ACUUUUUGGACUUAAAGCCACACUCAUUAUUAUAUUAUUACGAUCACGCCUUCAUCUUUAUCUUUUCUCUCUCUACCUCUCUGCCUAACUCUCACUUUCUCUCUCUACAAUUCCAAAACCCUAGACCUUCCGAUUCACUGUCACAAUGGGUUCCGAAGGUUCCACCGUCGUUGUUCCUAGGAAUUUCAGAUUAUUGGAGGAGCUUGAGCGAGGUGAGAAGGGAAUUGGAGAUGGGACUGUUAGCUAUGGAAUGGAUGAUGCUGAUGAUAUAUUCAUGCAGUCAUGGACUGGGACUAUUAUUGGCCCUCCUGGUACUGUUCAUGAAGGUCGUAUCUACCAGUUGAAAUUGUUUUGUGGCAAGGAUUAUCCAGACAAUCCACCAUCUGUUAGAUUCCAGACAAGGAUUAACAUGACUUGCGUCAACCAAGAAUCUGGAAUGGUUGAGCCACAUUUGUUUCCCAUGCUUUCUAAUUGGAAAAGAGAGUCUACAAUGGAAGAUAUUUUGUUGCAAUUGAAGAAAGAAAUGAUGUCUCCACAAAACAGGAAGCUAGCUCAACCUCCUGAAGGCAAUGAAGAUGGAAGAAUUGACCAAAAGGGGCUGGUGCUGAGAUGUUGUAUCGUGUAAUUCCGGUGAGAAUCCCAGAAAAAUAAUGUAAAUAAUUAUAUUGAAUAGAUAAUCCGGGUUCAUGGGUUAAUGCAUUUAUAAAUGUAAUUAUUCACCAUUGCGUUUGUAACCUGGAGCAUCAAAGAGUGACUUCCUAUCCUUGAAUUUUUAUUGUGAAUUAUGUUGAAACUGCUCUUACUGCAGACUCUAAUUUGGCAGUUGGAACCUUGUACUUUGGUUUUUAUGUAUUCAUUUGUGUAGCUGUGAUCCGCAUGCAUACUUUCUUCCAGAAAUUAUGGAUGCAUCCAUUUGGUUGUUAAAUUGUUUAUCUUACCCUGUUUCCAAAAUCUCAAGAAUGCUUUGAGGACA